CCAUGGAUGACCUGGGGGAAAACACCACCGUGCUGUCCACCCUGAGGUCUUUGAACAGCUUCAUUUCUCAGCGGGUGGAGGCAGGGUCUGGACUGGACGCUUCCGCCUCUGCCCCAAGCUCUCUGCAGAUGCAGUACCAGCAGAGCAUGCAGCUGGAGGAACGAGCGGAGCGGAUCCGUUCCAAGUCCCAGGUCGUCCAGGUGGAGCGGGAGAAGAUGCAGAUGGAGCUGAGCCACAAGAGAGCUCGAGUGGAGCUGGAGCGGGCGGCUAGCACCAGUGCCAGGCGCUAUGAGCGCGAGGUGGAUCGCAACCAGGAGCUCCUGACGCGCAUUCGGCAGCUGCAGGAGCGGGAGGCCGAGGCGGAGGAGAAGAUGAAGGAGCAGCUGGAGCGCCAUAGGCUGUGUAAGCAGAGCCUGGAUGCCGCCGGCCAGAAGCUGCGGGAGAAGGAGGACGGCCUGGCCGCGGCCGGCGAGACCAUCAGCGCGCUGAAGGCGAAGGUCUCCGAGUUGCAGUGGAGCGUGAUGAACCAGGAGAUGCAGGUGAAGAGCCUGGAGUCUGAGAAGCAGGAACUCAAGGAGCAGCUGGCCUUGCAGCACAAGAAAUGUGAGGAGGCUAAUCAGAAGGUUCAGGAGCUCCAGGCCAGCCAGGAAGUGAGGGCCGACCAGGAGCAGAGGAUCAGGGAUCUGGAGCAAAAGCUGUCCCUGCAGGAGCAGGAUGCUGCAGUCGUGAAGAAUAUGAAGUCUGAGCUGGUGCGGCUGCCCAAGAUGGAGAGGGAGCUGAAGCAGCUGCGGGAGGAGAGCGCCUACCUGCGGGAGAUGCGAGAGACCAAUGGGCUGCUCAGGGAGGAGCUGGAGGGGCUGCGGCGGCGGCUGGGACGGCAGGAGAAGAUGCAGGAGAGUCUGGUUGUCCUGGAGCUGGAGAAGGAGAGGCUGCUGGCAAAGCUGCAGAGCUGGGAGCGGCUGGAGCAGACCACGGGCUUGAGCAUCAGGACCCCGGAAGACCUUUCUAGGUUCAUUGUUGACCUGCAGCAGCGAGAGGUGGCCUUGCAGGACCGGAACAAUACCGUCACCAGCAGCGCCCGUGGGCUGGAGAAGGCCCGGCAGCAGCUUCAGGAGGAGGUCCGCCAGGUCAGCAGCCAGCUGCUGGAGGAGAGGAAGAAGCGGGAGACGCAGGAGGCCCUGGCGCGGAGACUCCAGAAGCGGGUCCUGCUGCUGACGAAGGAGCGGGACGGAAUGCGCGCCAUCCUGGGUUCCUACGACAGCGAGCUUACUGCGGCCGAGUACUCGCCCCAGCUGACGCGUCGCAUGCGUGAGGCCGAGGACAUGGUCCAGAAGGUGCACGCGCACAGCUCAGAGAUGGAGGCUCAGCUGUCACAGGCCCUGGAGGAGCUGGGAGGCCAGAAGCAGAGAGCGGACAUGCUGGAGAUGGAGGUGAAGAUGCUACAGUCUCAGUCCAGUGCCGCCGAGCAGAGCUUCCCACUGUCCAGGGAGGAGGCAAGCUCGCUCAGGUUGAAGAUUGAGGAGCUGGAAGGGGAGCGCAGUCGUCUGGAAGAAGACAAGAAGAUGCUGGAAAUGCAGCUUGAGCGGUUCACCCUGCAGGGUGACUACGACCAGAGCAGAACCAAAGUGCUGCACAUGAGCAUGAACCCGGCCAGUGCGGCCAAGCAGCGGCUCCGUGAGGACCAGGCCCGGCUGCAGGAGGAGUGCGAGCAGCUACGGGAGCUCGUGCACGCCCUGGAGCAAGGUGGCCCCGUCCCUGCCGGCCUGGAGGCCGCUGCGAGUCUGCCUUCGUCCACGGAGCUGACAGAGCUGAGGAAGCAGGUGGAGAGCGCUGAGCUGAAGAACCAGCGGCUCAAGGAGGUCUUUCAGACCAAGAUCCAAGAGUUCCGGAAAGUCUGCUAUGCGCUCACGGGCUACCAGAUCGACAUCACCACGGAGAACCAGUACCGGCUGACGUCCAUGUACGCGGAGCACAAAGCCGACUGCCUCAUCUUCAAGGCCACGGGACCCUCGGGUGCCAAGAUGCAGCUGCUGGAGACGGCGUUCUCACACUCGGUGCGGGAGCUCAUCGAGCUGCACCUGCUGCGCCAGGACAGCAUCCCGGCCUUCCUCAGCGCCCUCACCCUCGACCUCUUCAGCCGCCAGACUGUGGCCUAGCCUGCAG